CAUUAUAUCUAUAAGUAUAGGUUGUCUCAGACUUGACAAACAUCAACUUAGAACUUUAGAACACUUCUUUGAGAGAGAGAAAGAUACCAUCCAUGGGGACAAAAGCCAAUACAAUGCCGGUUAUCAGCAAGCUGUACUGUUCUUCUUCUCAGGUGAUAUUCAUGGUUCGUAGGAGGCCACAUGUGGUGAACGGAGGCGGUUUCGUGGUGACGAAUUGUAUCCAGCUGGUAGUUUUCCAGGUCGACGGUUGUGGUGUUCUCGGUACCAAAGGGGAGCUCGUUUUAAGAGACGCAAACGGCGAUGCUUUGCUUCUCAUACGUCGAAAGGGAGGGUUGGUUGAGGCACUGAGCAUACAUAAAAGAUGGAAAGGUUACACAUCCGACUACAAAGGAUCAAAGAAGUUGGUUUUUACCCUAAAGGAGCCUCGUUCAUGUCUAGUAAAGAACAAUGCCAUAAGAAUCUCCACUGAACCAAAAAGCAGCAAGAACUGGGACUAUGAGAUCAAUGGUUAUUUCCCCGAAAGAGAUUGCAGCAUCGUUGAUUCCGUCGGCAACAUUGUCGCUCAGGUCGGAAUCAAGAAGGAAGUAGAGGAGUUGAUGGCAAGUAAAGAUCUUUAUCAUGUAGUGGUGAAACCCGGAGCCGAUCAAGCUUUUGUUUUCGGAGUCAUUGCUGUUCUUGAUUACAUUCAUGGUGAAUCUACCAGGUGCUGAUCAAGGAAUUUCUAUGGAGCUAAAGAAGAGAACUCUCUAAAUAUCUAUGGAUAAGCUUGUUUAAUACAGGGAAUGCUUUAUUUUGUUUGUUUUGUUGGAUUUGUAUCACAAAAUUUGGAAUCAAGUGAGCUGCAAAUUCCAUUCUUGCU